UCAAGAUGAGCAAUAACGCCACAGCUAACGGAACUGCUACAUCUAUUAAUUGCUCAGAAUAUCCCACAGCGGAAAGGGUGGCUAAAACCUUGGCAUACUGUGUUAUAAUCGUUGUAUCUCUCACUGGAAAUAUUCUUAUCGGAUCAAUCGUGUUCAAAGUAAAAUCCAUGAGAAGAACCAUCAACUACCUCAUCGUUAACAUGGCUAUGUCCGACAUUAUUCUUCCAAUAUUUGCUGUCCCGAGGAUUCUCACACGAUUGUACCUCGGCUACUGGCUCAUAGAUGGACAUUUUGGUUCGGCGCUUUGUAAACUGGUGUACUUCUUACAAGACGUCUCCAACGCUGUAUCUAUACAGUCAUUGGUCUUGAUAGCAGUGGAUCGAUUUGGAGCCGUAGUGUUUCCUCUCCGUCGACCAGUUGUCAGCGCCAAGCUUUGCCCGUAUUUUAUAUUAUCGACGUGGAUUGUUGCCAUGGCUCUUCAUUCCCCAUACUUCUUUGCCCGCAAACUUGACUACUCGGAAGGACUACUAAGAUGUGCUCUGCAGUGGGAGGAAGCCUUCGGAGAAUCAUCCUCUGAAGCGAGCUACUAUGUAGCAAUGUUUCUAUUAUUGGCGGUGAUUCCUUUCGCGUUGAUGUCAAUACUUUAUUCCAUCAUCAUCCUGAAUCUCAGGGCUCAAAAGAUACCAGGAGGGGAAUCAGUGAGGGCAGAAGAACUUGAAAAACGAAUGAAGAGGGACAGAAGCGUGCUUCAGAUGGUCCUAGCCAUCGUUAUGGGAUUUGCAUUGUGCUGGGCUCCGUUCAACAUUUUUGCGUUUUUGAACUUUUUUGUAUGGCACAAACCUCCUAAGCCAAGCUGCAGCAUACAGCAUUUUGCUUUCUUUGCAAGAUUCAUGGCUUACGCGAAUUGUGCCAUCAACCCAUGUAUCUGUUUUAUAUUCAGCGGUAAUUACCGAGAAGGCCUGAAGAGUUUAUUUGGUUGUUGCUCUCCCAAGUGCGACAUUAAUUCAUGUUUCUGUCCAUUGCGUGGGCAAUCGUGGAAUGUCCAAAGCAUGUCAUCAGAUGAACUAAGAGAAGUCACGUUGGCUACUCACGCAUAGAACUCAGAAAAGAAAACUGAAAGUUUAAAUU